AUGGUCCUCGUCCUUGUGGCCUGCGGCGUCCUUGCGGAGGACGCCCCCAAGAAGGACAAGGACAAGGACAAGGACAAGGACAUCACAGGACGUGGAGGACUGUUGGGCGGUGGUCUCGGAGUCGGCGGCUACGGGGCAGGUGUGGGCGGCUAUGGCGGAGCUGGUCUCGGUGGCCCUGCACUUAUUGGUACUAAACUCAUCGGAGCCGGUGGCCACGGAUAUGGAGCAGGUGUCGGCCACGCUGCUCACGGUUACGGCGGCGGAGUCGGCCACGGCGGUGGUCACGGCUACGGCGGUGGUCACGGCUACGGCGGUGGUCACGGCUACGGCGGCGGCUACCAGUCCGGCUACGGUUCUUCGGGUGGCGGUUAUCAGGGAGGAUACCAGGCUGGUGCUGGCGGCUACAAUCAGGGAUCAUCGGGUUUCGCGGGUGGUUCUUCGAACAAGCAGGUCAAUGCAUACAACACCAACCAGGGUUACAGCCACAACUCGGGGUUCUCGUCCAGCAGCAGCAACACAUUCGGCAGCGGACACAAGCAGGGCUCGUCCGGAUUCGGAGUCGGUGCUGCCGGACACAAGGGCGGCUACGGGCAGUCGUCGUUCGGUCACAACGCCGGUGCUGGCUACGGCGGAGGAUACCAUGGCUAA